UUUGCCGUCUCUCGAGUUCGCCGCUCCGCUCAUUUCUCUUUCCGCAAUAAUCCGAAAGUUAUCGUCGUCGCGUUCGUUUGCACGCUGAGUGUCUGCCUGUAUUUGGAUCUCUUUAAACAUCUGGCAAGAUGUUGCUGAUACAGCCUACCGAGGAAAUGUCUAAGCAGAUACGAGUGGAGCUGAACGAGAAUCCAGCGACGCGCAAUAAGGAUGUCGAAAUUAUCAAAGAAUGGUUUGCCAAACAACCGCAUUUACCUCAGUUUGACGAUGACCAAAGAAUACUAACAUUUCUACGUGGAUCCAAAUUCUCUUUGGAGGUAUGCAAACGAAAGCUGGACAAUUACUUCACGAUGCGCACGAUGAUCCCCGAAUUUUUCUCUAAUCGCGACAUAACGAAACCAGUACUGCAAGAAGUUGUGAAAGUUGUACAAAUACCGCCUUUGCCUGGUUUAACAAAAGACGGACGUCGAGUAAUCGUAAUGCGAGCAAUCAGUAAAGACGUACCAACUCCCAACGUCCCGGAAGCUAUGAAAUUAGCGUUGAUGAUCGGCGAUAUUCGUCUCAAGGAGGAGCAAUCCGGCGUGGCUGGCGACGUUUACGUCCUCGACGCUUCCGCCGCGACGCCCGCACACUUCGCCAAGUUCACACCGUCGUUGGUGAAGAAGUUUUUGGUCUGCGUACAGGAGGCGUACCCAGUGAAACUGAAGGCAGUGCACGUGAUCAACGUUAGUCCGAUUGUUGACACCAUUCUCAAUUUCGUCAAACCGCUCCUAAAAGAAAAGAUACGCAAUCGCAUCUUUAUGCAUAGUGAUCUGAAAACGCUUUACGAUCAUAUACCUAAGGAGAUACUGCCGACUGAGUACGGCGGAGAUGCUGGACCCAUCCAAGAUAUACAUGAGAAGUGGAUAAAAAAAUUGGAGGAAUAUGGACCAUGGUUCGCGGAGCAAGAAACUGUGAAAUCUAACGAAGCAUUGCGAACAGGUAAUCCAAAGACGCAGGACGAUCUGUUCGGUCUCGAUGGAUCUUUCCGGCAGCUCACGAUCGAUUAAAGUGACUAACGCGUUCCGAAGACAUCCGAGCGUAGAUAAUCAUCGCCAACGGCAGUUGUUAACUGGAUCAUUUAUUCGUGCAACAGCAGAAAUUUUCGAUGUCGUAAUCGAUCGUAAAUUUCACUAGCGAUGAAAAUUUUAAUGCAUUUUUGUUUCAAGCAACUAUAACUGAAUUGCAAACAGCGUUUUAAACAAUUCAUGCCCGAUAUUCAAUUUUCCGAUUUUUGUCGUGGAACAAAGAUAUCGAAUAGAAUGUAAUAUAAUUGAGAAUUCGCCAGAACAAUAAGUGAAUUUUAUAGAUAGUAAAUUUUAUAGUAAUUUUUACAGAUACAGCGCUGGUAGCAUUUUACAUUUUUUUAAAUAUUAACAAUAAUUUAUUUAUUUUUAUAAUUAGAGACGCUAAUAAUUGCUCUUAUAAUUUUCUUGCUACAUAAAAAUUCAUUGAUAAUGCUGUUCUGUUCUAACAAAAUGUGCAUCAUGUGUAAAAUUAUGUCGAGUAAUGUGUAAUUAUAUGUGUAAAAUUAUUAUCGAGAAUUUUAGCGUCUUUGUGAAA